GCCCGUCAUUCCGCUUGAAUUGUUGCAACUUGCAAGUCACUAAAUUGUGUUAACGUUUUGUGGAGUAUUACUAGAUUAUUCAUCCAAAUGGCAGAUAUUGAGUUCUUGGCAGUCGACAAGGAUGAAUCUGAUGUUCGUCCUACAAAAGAUGCUACAAUAGAUGAGUUAGACUUAGAGGACUUGUACACAAAAUAUAAGAAACUACAGAAAAUGCUCGAGUUUCUUGAGGUGCAAGAGGAAUAUAUCAAAGAUGAACAAAGAAAUUUGAAAAAGGAGUACCUCCAUGCGCAAGAAGAAGUUAAGCGUAUUCAGUCUGUUCCUCUGGUUAUCGGACAGUUUUUAGAGGCAGUUGAUCAAAAUAAUGGUAUUGUGGGAUCAACUACGGGAUCUAAUUAUUUUGUUCGUAUUCUUUCCACAAUUGAUCGCGAAUUACUGAAACCUUCUGCAAGUGUAGCAUUGCAUAAACACAGCAAUGCUUUAGUUGACGUUUUACCGCCUGAAGCCGAUAGCUCGAUAUCAAUGUUGCAAGCAGAUGAAAAACCUGAUGUCCAAUAUUCAGAUAUUGGUGGAAUGGACAUGCAGAAACAAGAAAUAAGAGAAGCUGUUGAAUUGCCACUUACACAUUUUGAGCUCUAUAAGCAAAUUGGUAUCGAUCCUCCAAGGGGUGUUCUCAUGUAUGGACCUCCAGGAUGUGGCAAAACUAUGUUAGCUAAAGCAGUUGCUCAUCAUACUACAGCAGCAUUUAUCAGGGUUGUAGGUUCAGAAUUUGUUCAAAAAUAUUUGGGCGAAGGGCCUCGCAUGGUGCGUGACGUGUUUCGUUUGGCUAAGGAAAAUUCCCCGGCGAUAAUUUUCAUUGAUGAAAUCGAUGCCAUCGCUACGAAACGCUUUGAUGCGCAAACUGGAGCCGAUAGAGAAGUACAGCGUAUUUUGUUGGAGCUACUGAACCAGAUGGACGGGUUUGAUCAGACUACCAACGUAAAGGUUAUUAUGGCUACAAAUCGUGCGGAUACAUUAGAUCCUGCUUUGCUUCGUCCAGGUCGCUUAGAUAGAAAAAUUGAAUUUCCUUUACCUGACCGGCGUCAGAAACGAUUGAUAUUUUCAACUAUCACCGCUAAAAUGAACUUGUCUGAAGACGUAGACCUUGAGGAUUAUGUUGCACGACCAGACAAAAUAUCGGGAGCUGACAUUAAUGCUAUCUGCCAAGAAGCCGGUAUGCACGCUGUUAGAGAAAACAGAUAUAUUGUCCUUGCGAAAGAUUUCGAGAAAGGGUAUAAAAACAACAUAAAGAAAGAUGAAACAGAACACGAAUUUUAUAAAUAAUUUUAUAUUGAAUUUUGGCUUAAUACAUCGGAAAUAUACUACUGUACUUUUGCUGGAUGUU